CCUCUGUAUCACACAUCAGACUUUUCCCGGUGGAGCUGGAGAAUAGGCUUCAAUGAAAACUGCCUGUUUGCAGCUAUAAGGAGAUUGCAAGCAUGACAAUCACUGUUUCCUCUGCCUGACCUGGAGCAGAAACUCCAUCAGCAGGAUGGAGAGGUAGUCUUCUUGCCUAGCAAAGGUGGGAUGAUUUAUCUCUGUCUCUAGAUUGGUCCCUUUUCUUUGCUGUACAAGAGAAUUGUUAUCAGACUUCCAAAGAGAAUGAAGCCAGGCUAGAAGUCAGAGUGGAUGUGCGAAAGCUGCUUUCCCAGGGAGGAGAAGGAAUCACAGGAUUUCAGUGCUUUUUGUUCCUGUGCAGCUCAGGACAAUGGUUUUAUCUGCCCCAGUUAUUGCCCUGGGGGCUACCUUAGGGACUGCAACUAGCAUCCUUGCCCUCUGCGGUCUCACCUGCUUCUGCAAAUGCAAGCAACCUGGGAAAGGACUCUCAGAAAAAGACCAAGAUGAGGAUAUGGAAAAUGCUAAACCCAGUGUGCUUCAGCCAGUCCAGCAAUUCAGCAUUAAGAAGACUGCGGAACCAGUCCAGCCUCGAGCACUCCUGAAGUUUCCCAACAUCUAUGGCCCCAAACCAGUAGUAACUUCACCUGAAAUUGUUAACUACACACAGUACUCCUUGAAGACAACAGAAGAACCAGCCACUGGAAAACAUACUGGUUUGGAUGAGAACAGGAUGAAGAUACAAGUCAAUGAAGAGCUGUUUGUUCUCCCUCAAAACGUUCCAGGUGUGGUAAAGGAUGUGUGUGUCACUGAGCACUUGAACCCUGAGAGGGCAGCCAGCUGUAACCAGGUCCCUGAACUGCACUAUUCCCUUGCAUAUGAUCGACAAAAAGCUGAGAUGCGUGUGGCCCUUCUUGAAGCAAUGCAUGGAAGGAUGAACGGGGACCAAGACACUGGAUGCCACUGCUACAUACUGGGCACACUGAUGAGCAAGUCUGGUAUCGUUGAGGCCCAGACAGAACUGAAGAAGAAGGUGCUUCACACUCUCUGGGAGGAUGUCCUGCUGUUCCCAUUAACUGAGGAGGAGGUGCCAGAGGGAACACUGACUCUCACCCUGAGGAACUGCGACAAGUUCUCCAGACACAGUAUUGUGGGCGAACUCAAACUGAGCCUUGCUAACAUGCAGGACUCCUUUGGGAUAGCCCAGUGGGAAAGACUAAAGACUCCAGAGAAGGAGCCAUCUACAGGCCAUGGGGAGGUUCUGCUUUCUAUCAGCUACCUGCCAGCAGCCAACCGCCUGCUUGUGGUGAUUAUUAAGGCUAAAAAUCUGCAUUCCAAGCAGCUAAAAGAUCUACUUGGAAACGAUGUUUCUGUCAAGGUGACACUGAGGCAUCAGUCCUUGAAGCUGAAGAAGAAGCAGACAAAACGUGCAAAACACAAGAUCAACCCUGUCUGGAAUGAGAUGAUCAUGUUUGAGGUGCCUCAUGAGCUGCUGCGUGCAUCUAGUGUGGAGUUAGAGAUGCUGAGCCAGGAUGGUGCUGGGCAGAGCCACAUACUUGGCAAAUGCAGCCUUGGCCUGCAUGUUGUGGGCACAGAGAGGAACCACUGGGAAGAAAUGUUGAGAAACCCCAGGAGACAGAUAGCCAUGUGGCACCAGCUCCACAUGUAGGCACUCCGUGGUUACUGCCAACCAGAUUUCUGCCAGGCCCCUGAACCUGAGGAAAUAAGCUGUAUUUCACCUUCCACCUUCCCAUCCACAAAACGGCCAGGCACAGCAUUCUUUUUAUGCCACCCUCCUUGGUUUCCUGCCGAAAGAAUGCAUCAUGCUAGCCCAGGAAAUGGUCUGGAAAAUUUAUUUAAGGGACAAUCCCCCACCUCGUCAGGUGGUUCUCUCAAACAAGGGAUUUGACUGUGUGGAUGAUUUGAAUUCAUUUUAUCAGCCUAUGCACUGUCAUUUCCAUGUGGUUUCUAAAGAGUAUAGAUCUGUUUCUGUGAAAUGACUAAACCAACUCAAGGAAGGAGAGCAGAGGGAUCCCUUCCUUGAGUAGAAAAUGUAACCAACUCCUUGACAUCUAGUAUUGUCACCCAAGUCCCUUGGUGAGAGCUGGCUCCACAAUCACAAACAUGCUGCAGCCAUUUUGCUAGUCACUGUUUUUCAUAAUGCUUUACAAGACCGUGAGACAUUAAUCACAAAACUAACUGACUGCUGACCCAAAGUAGCAGUAUGAAAGAGAGAGUAAAACCAGGUGGAAGCAUAGACCAAUCUACAUUAGAUGGAUACCUAGAAAUAGAGAAAGAACUGAGAGGAAGAACAAUGAGGAAGAUAAAGUGAGACAAACACCAUCAUUCUGCAUAGCCGUGGAAGCAAACACUGCAAAGCACUAAGUCAAAUACCUUCCUACAAUUUUGUUUCCUGGAGUGUUGGAUACCUUGGAUUUAGGGUUGCUGAAAGCCACUGAAAACAUGAAAAUUUCAGGAUCCUUUAACAGAGUACCCAUGUCUUCUAUCUCGUUUUCUACAAUGUUACCUAGAAAGACCCUCAACACAGAUAAAUAAAAUAGUUUUUGUUGAUGUUACCUUCAAAGCUUGGACCAAAUCCUUCUGCUUAGUGACAUCUUUCCUAUCUGGGAAUUUCUGAGCUGGACAAGUUUCAGAUACUCUUAUUAUAUUCCAGGAAGCAUCUGAUACUAGACAAAAGAAGUGAGAUCAUUUCAUACUUCAGCACUUAAUUGAUGGUUUUGGUUUGAUGGUUAGCGAUCACACACUCCAGCCCUCAUACUAGGACUGCUAAGAACUAAGAACUGCCAUGUGUUUCAUCACCUCCAAACAGAAGGAAUUCACUGACCAGGCAGAUUCUCCAUGGCUUGUUUUUUGUGUGCACUUUCAAGAUUUGAUGUGGUUUAAAUGUUACUGUUUAGUGUCCUUUUGGUGUCUAAAUGGACUGAAAGCUGCCAUUGGCAGUGGUGAUGUUAUGACCCUGUGAGCACACUGUUUGUCCUGACACUUGAUAUCAAGUAGUAGACACAGCUUUAAGGGACUUACAUGGGGACAAGGCAUGUGGAAGUCUGAAAACAGGACCAUAUGGUUUUUAGCACUGAAGAACUCAGAGAAUAGCAAAAUUGCAUUGCUUCCCACUUCAUUUUGCAGAGUCAGCUUAAUCCUGUAUUUAAUUCCUAGGCUGCAUUAGGAAGAGGGUUGCCAGCAGGUUGAGGAAAGUGAUCAUUCCUCACUACUCAGCACUGGCGAGACCACAUCUGGAGUGCUGGGUCCAGUUCUGGGCUCUCCACUGCAAGAAAGAUGUGGAUGUACUAGAGUGAGUGCAGUGAAGGGCCGCAAUGAUGAUUAAGGGGUAGGUGCAUCUGACGCACAGGGAGAGGCUGAGAGAGCUGGGACUGUUCAGUCUAGAGAAGAGAUAGCUGAGGGGAGAUCCUAUCAAUGUGUGUAAAUAUCUGAGGUAGGGGAGUAAAUGAGAAAUUGCAGGAUACUGAGAAUAAACUAGAAACAAUAGAGUUACUUUUAGUUGACAGUGAGUUCUUGUUAGUUGCUGCAUUCAUUAUUUGUCUGUAGAUGUUCCUAUAGAUUUGGAAUCAUUAUUUCCAUUUAAAUGCAAAAAGUCUUUGUAAUGUUGGCCUAUUCUUCAUAUAGGAUUCCGUGAGUGCUGUGAUUCUUCCUUCUUUUUAGGAUAAUGAUAAGAGUCAUAACUUCAUAGUAUGAUGGUAUUUGGCUGGCAUUGGAAAGCCUGAAGGGCCAAAUAUUUGUCUUGCUGCCAAGAGUUUUCUCUAAUUCUGCCUCCUGCUUAUUUCAAUGAGCCUUUUAUAACAUCUUGGUGACUGAUUGUAAACAGCGUUAUCUGGCUCUGCCCCUGGUGAUUUUGGCACACCCUGUAAUUAGAUAGCAAUCCUAUAGUGUCUAAGAAAUAGCCCCUUGCAAUCUGAUUUUGCUGUGAAAAAAUAAUCUUAUUUUUACAGUAGAAAUAUAUAUAUAUAUUUUAUGAAAAAGUCUUAAGGGCAAAAUGGUUCCAUCAAUGUUAAAAAAUGGUAUUGUUCCCUCCUUUGCUGCAAUGAAAUUGAAAGGGGGAAGAGAGGAAGGGUAAACUGUAUGCAUCUUUCCUGGCUUGCUCAUUUUUGCUGUCUGGCAUUUUAGCCUGGAAAGAAUGUUUCUUGCAUUCAGUGCGGUCUUAACUAGCUGUCACGUGUUUAUUUAAUGAGGCAGUUGUUUGCGCAUGGACUGAAAGCAAAUGCAGUUAAGGGUACUGGCUUUCAUGAACCUGAGGAAUGCUGCGUACGUGUGGUACUGGAGGGGCAGGGACUCUCGGCCCAAGCCCUUUUGAAGUCUGUUAAUAGGAGCUGUUUGUCAUCACAUUCCAGUGCUGUCCAGGGCCCUGCCCUUAUCCCACUUCACCUCCUAUAACAUGUGUUUAUCAAUGCUUGUAUGGAACUGAGCCCUCAGCAUCUAAAGGGCUUUAGGAGCUAAACUGGCCCAAACAGAUGAACUCUGGAGAUUCAUUGUA